ACUCCUGUCGGUCGUGUCUCGUUUCUGGUGCACUGUAGGUGUUGGGGGAGAAAAAACCACUUACGUAUUGCAAGUCGGGGGGACGACACCGCGCUCAUUGUAAACUGUUAUAAUGUCAUGAGCUAUGCUAAUUCUUUCUGUUUGACCUCGUCACACCUGAUUUGAGGAUUCUGAUCCACUUUUGUUUCAGAUCCAAAACAUAACCUGUGGAGUAAACAACCUGCGUCGAUCGAGGCGCGGUAAAACAUAAUUAGAAAAAAAAAUUACAUCGGAUAAAAUUAUUUCACUCAAUCGACUAAAAGAAAAUGAUGCUCGUGGGAAAAUUUAUGCUGGUGGUUUCGAUUUGGGCGCUAGUUCAAUGUUCGCCAUAUGACACAGGGAAAUACAAACACAAAACAUACGACUACUACGACGAUGGAAAGUACUACAGACCAUUAACUGAAGGAAAAUAUAAGCAUACAGACGAGGGAAAGUAUACUUAUAUUUAUCAGCAAGGAGUGUUUCCAUUUGAUGGUACAUAUAAACACUUGGAGAGAGGAGACUCGAACGACUACAUAGGGUACCAAAUCUAUGCACCUCGGUACCCGUUCCUUUAUAGUGUGAUAAAGGCGAUAAUAAGCAAAUACGUAUCGCCAGAUUUAUUAAGCCUCGGCGAUCCUGUUGUGGAAAGACCCAAAAACGUUGAUAAAUUAAAACCCGACAAAGAAGUCGCCAUGACAUGCAAAGUUGUAGAUCCCGAAGUCAAAAACGCCACGGAAGUCGUAACGCAGUACCCACCGUAUCUUAAAAUAAAAGAGGGAGAGAAACUAGGAACAAUUUACAACUUCAGAGGAAGUAAAACUUUAAGUACUGUAAAAAAUACAGUAAAAAGUAAUUUAAAAUUAGAAUAUGAAGUAUUUGUAAGGAUUGUUGAAGAAGUCACUGAUUGAUAUAAGUCUUAUUUUAAUAUAAAUUAUGAAGCUAUAUACUCUGAAUAAAUGUGAUGCAAGCGGACCUUAAGUUAUAAUAAAAUACUUGGAAAA